AUGGUGGCGGAGACAGAGCUAGAUGUCAGAGGGUCGUUUGAGACAAAGAAACUUAUGUGUGGGGAAAUGUACAAAGUCUCGUUUCUGCUGAAGACGCAAGACUGCACCAUAGGGAAGGUGAACCUGGAACUGUGUCUCCCAGACGGAUCAAGACUGCACUAUGAGGCGCCGUUGCCCACAUGGACAAAUGAGUGGGAGGAACUGGAGGUUGGACGGUUUAAGAUGACGGAGCAAAAUGUGGGCACUAUGACUUUUGUCAUGUGGCAAUCGUUUGUAAAACCGGCGAAAGGGCUCAUCAUCGGGGGCGUUGUGAUCAAAGCCCGUGCCUAA